AUGUGCUUACCACUGCUUCGCCCUUGUGCCCCCCCUCCCCUAUACCCCCCUUCUUUCCCCUCUUGCCACCCUUUCCCCUCCCUCCCCCUCCUCUCUUCUCAUCCCCCCUCUCCCCCACCUUUCCCAUCUCUUCCCAUUCCCCCUUUCUUUCCCCUCUCUCCCCCUCUCUUUCCCUUCUAUCUCCCCUCUCCUUCCCUCUCUCUCCCACUCCCCUCGCGGCACCCUCCUGCCAGGCACACGGCCACCAUGCGAACAUGUCACAGCUGGCGAGGCGGACGUGGUGCCACCAUAUGGCCAGCCACCAUAUGGCCAGCCACCAUAUGUGCGCCCUCCCGCCAGGCAUAUGACCAGCAUGUGAGCAUGAUAGCAGGCAAGGCAGAGGAGGCGUACGACCAGCAUCUGAACAUGAUUCUGGGGGAGGCGGAGGAGGUGGUGACCACCGUGGAGAUAGACGACGAGACCUACGAGGAGAUUGUCAAGGUGGGGGGGAGGGGGGGGUGGAGGAAGGGGGGGGUGGGGGGGUUGGAGGAAGGGGGGGGUGGGGGGGUUGGAGGAAGGGGGAUUCUUUCGAAGCUCCUCAGAGGAGACGAUUUCGCUUUUGAGAAUUCUUACAAGUGA